AUGGAGACUGAAGUUGCACCAUCUCUAGGCAAAGGUGGGGAAUUUCAACCUUAUCUUGAAAUUGCCAAAGAUGGUGGGAGUAACUUGUCUCCUAGUGUAGUGGUAGUGGUAGUGAAACAAUUCUUUAUUGUCGUUUUGAGAUUGAAGGGGAAUCUUUCAUGCGUGCACCAUUAUACUUUGAUGAGUCUAUACUUUUCGAGCACUUCAAAUCAACACUCAUUCACAGUCUCAUACCUCAUAAACACAUGUGGGUUCUUCCCAGAAGUUGCUCUAUCAGCUUCCAAAAGUGUUAAUUUUGAAACCCCAUAUAAAGCAGACUCAGUCAUUGGGUUUUUCAAGAACCAUGGUUUCUCACAAUCCCAAAUCUCAAACAUCAUAAGAAGACACCCUGCAGUGCUGUUAUCUGAUCCUCAGAACACCCUUUUGCCCAAAUUGGAGUUUUUCCAGUCCAAAGGCUUUACAACCUCUGACAUUGCUACAGUCUUAUCUAGAAAUCCACGGAUCUUGGAAAGAAGCUUGAAAAACCAGAUAAUCCCAUCUUUUGUUUUCUUUACGAAUUUGCUUGGAACCAAUGAGAACACUAUUACCGCUAUUAAACGAUAUUCAGCUAUUCUAAUUGUUAAACUUGACACUUUUGUGGUUCCUAAUGUCAAUCUUCUGCGAGAAAAUGGAGUUCCUGAAUCAAAUAUAUGUGCCUUAAUUAAAAAAACUCCUAUAGCUAUUAUGACAGAUUCCAUUCGAUUUAAAGAGAUUGUAGAGGAAGUUAAGGAAAUGGGAUUCAAUCCUUUGAGGUUGAGUUUUAUUCAAGCUAUUUUUGCAAUGAGGGGUAUGAAUAAAUCCACAUGGGAGAGGAAGUUCAGUGCGUAUAAGAGGUGGGGUUUGUCUGAGGAAGAGAUUCUUGUUGCUUUUGGAAGAAGCCCACAUUGUAUUAUGGCAUCUGAGGAUAAGAUUAUGAAGGUAAUGGGAUUUUUCAUCAACAAGAUGGGUUUGGAGCCUUCCUUAAUUGUCAAAUGCCCGGGACUGCUUACUUAUAGCUUGGAGAAGCGACUUAUUCCAAGGGCUUCAGUUAUUCAAGUUUUGCAAUCGGAAGGUUUGGUCAAGAAGGAUUUCUACUUGCCUACAGUGUUUGGGUGUGCGGAAGAGUUGUUCCUGAAGAAGUUUGUGAUGCCUUAUGAGAAGGAAACUUCUGAAUUGUUGCAGCUAUACAAGAGAAAAUUGAAUUUUCCAGAAUGA